AUGGUCGCACCAAAGCCGGACAUAAACCCUGACUGGAGAAAUGAGGAUUUUUUGCCCGUUUCUAUACCUGUAUUGGGAGCACAUUUUGAGGUACAAAGAGCAGCUUGGGUUGUAGAAAGUGGGGAAAGCAAGUCUAAAGAAUCUCAAAUUAGGAAUAAUUAUAAGAGGGAAGAGCUUAGGCAAGGAUUUCUUAUGCAUUUACUUACUGAUAAAGAAGUGAAGCUUAUGAGAGUGAGGAAAGAAAUUGCAAUGAUAUUAAAAGAGCACGAAGGGAUAUUGGAUAUGCAAGGCUUUCCAGUUAAAGAGCUGUUAGCUCAAACUGAUGUGGAGAGGCUGCUAAAAGAAGAAGAUAUUGGAGAAAUUGGUAAAACAACUACAGAAAUUUUUAAAGAAAAAAUUUUAAGCUAA